GAGAUAGAAACCGCUAGAUGGCACUUGUGCCGUUUCCGAAUUUUAGUUGAUCUUCCUUGCAUCUACGGGCAAUACCGACACAUCUACCCAGUAGCGUGCCAGUAGCCUUGCGGAAGUUGUGUGGGACGUACGUAAUAGUGACACUUAAGGCUGAAAACCGUCAUUUUCCUGAAUCCUAUUUUGUGCAGUUAUUGUCGGGUACAAUGGAAAAAACGAGGAGCGCAAAAAUGCUCUCUAUGGUAGGGAUCAAAUUAAAGAAAGGACCCACCAGCGAAGAGUGGAAGAUAGUACCUCAAGCUACUAAUGCAGACUCAACCAGCGUAACGCCUAAAAACAUAAAACGAGCUUCAGAAAGUGAAGCGGACAAAGAAAACACAUCUCCACAAGUCCCGGAAGCUUCUGUUAGGAGUAAGAAAUUUGAAAAAGAUGGUGAUUGCAAGCUUGUUGAAAACCAAAUAGUAGAGGAACUAGGCGUAGGAAGUCUUUUUUAGAUGGAGAGUCAUGUGCUACAACUACGCAAGAGCUCUCGGAGGCGGAAGAAAGCAGAGACGAAAUUGGAACUGG